AUGGAAGAGUGGGAUAACGCAACAACAGUGACUGAGUUUGUGCUCGUGGGCCUCUCCAGACAACCCCACGUGCGCGCUGCCUUGUUUGCUCUCUUCUUGGUCAUAUAUGCAGUCACUGUGGCUGGGAAUGGUCUUAUUGUAUUGUUGAUUGUGGUGGAUCCUCACCUCCACACACCCAUGUAUUUCUUCCUCAGCAACCUCUCCUUCAUUGACGUCUGCUACGUCACGACCUCCGUCCCACAGAUGUUGGCGCACUGUUUCAAAGACAAGGCCGUUAUACCCCUGGGCAGCUGUUUUGCACAAAUGGCCAUCGCCCUUUUUUUGGGAGUGGCCGAGUGCUUGUUGCUAGCUGUCAUGGCUUAUGACCGCUUUGUAGCAAUAUGCAGCCCUCUGCACUAUAGCUUAAUCAUGAGCCGAAAGGUGUGCAUCAUUCUGGCGGUCAGCCUGUGGUUCAGCUCUUUCCUCUUGACCAUUGUGCCCUUCUUGAUGAUGCCAUUACACUUGUGUGACCGCAAUGUGGUGAAUCACUUUACAUGUGAGGCCCAGGCAGUGUUGAAAUUAGCCUGCUCCGACACUCACGCCAAUGGCCUCAGCAUGCUAAUAACGAGUGUCUUCACACUUCUGUUCCCCUUUGCCUUCAUCCUGCUGACAUAUGGGCGCAUUGGUCUGGCUGUCCUGCGCAUCCGCUCUGCCCAAGGACGGGGGAAAGCUUUAUCAACCUGUGGCUCUCAUCUGGCUGUGGUGAGCAUUUUUUAUGGCACUGCCUUGGCUGCAUACCUCAAGCCUCAGGCCAAGACUUUCACAGAUAGGGACAAAAUAGUGGCUGUCUUUUAUGGGGUCAUGACUCCAAUGCUCAACCCCCUGAUCUACAGCUUGAGAAACAGGGAUGUGAAGGGGGCCUUACGCAGACUGACUGGGAAGAAAGUAGAGAAAUAA